AUGUUCAGUAAUCUUAAAGGACUUGUAAGGAAAGAGGGUGCACAUAAAGGCGCUCGGUCAGAAUGUGGAAGCAUCGAUGGAAGAGUUUCUUAUUCUCGGUUUUUGGGUGAAUCAGAGAGAACUGAUGCUGAUAUUGCUUUUGAAUCACGAAUUUCUUCUUCUUCUGUGUUGUCGUCAACACAAUUGAAAUCGAGACCUUCGUCAACAAGAACAAUUCACGAAUCUUCUGAUAAUGAUAAAAGUGUUAAUUUAAUGAAAAAAGAAGAAGAGGAAGAAGAUAUUUCCCCGCUGGCUAAACAACUAAAUCAUUCUAGAAUAUUGAAAUCACCUAGUCCAUUUGGAAUUGGAAACAGUGGUGGCGGCGCUGGCGCUGGUGGUGGUGGUGCUGCGGAGGAUUCUGAUUGUGGUUCAGUUAUAUCAUCAACUUUUCGAUUAUCAUCUACUACAGAUUCGUCAGAUAUUCAAUCACGUUAUCAACGUGUUUAUCAUUUAGCAAGAGAAUAUAAGAUUAAAUAUCAACAGCUUUCUGAAGCAUUUAAAGUUAUGGAAUCUGAAAGAAAUAAUCUACAACAGCUGUUAGCAUCACAUCAAGCCAAGACAUCAAAGUCUGUUGAAGAAGUCCAGAAAAAGCUUGAAUUAGAUAAACAAUAUAAAGAUGAGUUGGAAAGAGAUUUUCGUCAACUGUUAGCUGAAAAAGAAGAAAUUAUAAAGUCAUUACGAAUGCAGUGUGAUCAACAGAAUAUCAAUAAAUUACGCUCUGAAUUGGCAGACAGUAAACUGUCUCAAAUAGCACUGGAAGAACAAGUUCAGUGUUUAAAAGCGAAAUUCUUUAGUUUGACGUAUAAAAAUUCUGAACUAUUAUUAGAAAAAAAUCAAUUAUUGAAAAGUGGCAAUCAUGAUGUUGAUGAUACUACCGGUGCUACUACUACUGCUGAUGAUGAUGGCGGGGAUUCACACGUAAAAGUCAAUCAGUCACAUGUUACUACACAGUCAAGUUCAAUUCAUGUAGACCAACAGAAUCAGCAACAGGGGAUUGAUGAAUCCUCCAAAGAAAUUCAACUUUUAUCUGAUCAAUUAAAAGAAUUACAAAUGAAAUUAAAUGAAUCUGAGAUGCUAAAAAACAUUUAG